CAGACAGAGAAGAUUCACCGGUUAGUAUUCCUUCCACCGAUUCGUUCUCUGUAGUCCGUGAAAGUGAAUACGCAGAGUUGGGCGUGUUGCUCUCCCGGUCUGCGCAUUGUAUUUUUAUCGAACCCUCGUAGAUAAGGACGUAAACUAUAGUGUUAUCAGUGAAAGUGUGGUUUGUUUUCAACAGAUCAACUGUCUACAAUAGAAUUUCCACAAUAAUAGAUAGGCACCUCCAGAUAUAAACAGUAUGGAGUGUGGAGUUACGGGGGGCUACACCAAUGGUUCCAGUGCAGGUGCUGGAGGUGGUAUUCUAGCAGAUGUAAGAUCGGAAAGAUCUCCCGCUAAGACAGGACUCCACGUCAAUUUCAAAGACAAGGGAGAAAUCAAAGAAAGACGAGAAAAAUUUCUCACUGCCAAAUAUGGACAUCACCAAAUGAGCCUUAUAAGAAAACGACUCGCAGUUGAGAUGUGGCUGUACGAAGAACUGAAAAAAUUGUAUGAAACUUCGAAAGUGGAUGAUUUAAGUAACGAUGAAGUAGAAGUGGACAUAGAUGAACUUCUAGAUUUGGAAUCUGAAGAACUUAGAAGGAGGCAUUUACAGGCCCUUCUUAUAAAUGCAAAAGGCUCACAAAACGAUGUUAAAAAAUUCAUCAACGAUUUAUUAGAUAAAGCGAAGACGCUGUAAAUUCCAAGUUGAAUGUGCUAAAAGGGUUCAACAACUUUGGCCCCACGGAGCCAGCACAAACUACCGUUAUAAGUACUGCAUCAAUGUUCUUUUACCAUUGGACAAAAUCGAAGUUCGUCCCUGUCGACGCUGUAACAAAGAAGAAGAAUAGCAGUUUCGAUGAGACAAAACAUCACAGUUGAUUCGAACCAAUAGCUAUGAUAGCUUAGGAUUGAAUCCUCAGACUUUUCAGAAUUACCAAAGGUGUCAAACAGUGAACGAUAUGGUAGAAUUUAUUGAUUCCAAUUGAAUUUACGAAAUUUCUCUGUGAUGAAGGUGUUUUUCUUCUCGGCGCUUUUUUCGUGAAUGUGGUCAAUGACAAUGUUCAUGACGAUUUUCUAAUUUUUAUAUGCAGUCCUAAAUAUUUGCUACAAUAUCAAUAUUACUAGUACUAGUCUAUGUAAUAAAAAAAUUUCUGCUAGUGAUUUUUCAAGAAAGAUUUUGAUAAUUGAAUUUUGUGAUUUGAAGUAUUCCAUAUCAAAAUACUAUGAUAAAUUCUUUUGUAAUUGAAGUAGAAAUACCAAAUGUAGUCCCUUGUUUUGUGCUAUUUUAUAAAAAAAAUAUUUACACUCAAAGAAUGUUGAAGCUAUUAUGGAAGCUAUUCUCAACAAAAAAGAACAAAUAUCAUGUAUUCUACACCGAAUAUAUAAUUUGAAAUGUUAAUCAGAAAUAAUUAAGCGACCCUGUUGUGAUCUCAGCCUUCUUAUUUUUGACAUGUCUAUCAUAGAUUGUAUAGAAAUAGCAAUAAGUUGUCCAUUUUAAAAAUAAAUAGUAGAAAAUUUA